AUGUUCUUUCUUUUCUUAAUUGCAUCAAGAGAAUAUGAUUUCUCGUUUUACCAUAGAAAUUUACGUUCCUGGCAACUAGAGGACAGUCGUGUUCUAGUUCUUCAUGAAGCCCAGCCGUACUGUUCUAGAAAUCCUUGUCCAAGGGUUUUACUUUCUCCUAAAGUCUAUGCCUUCAUUAAAUCUGGUUCCAAACAAAUUGAUUUUAAUGCAUCUUCAGGCAAAAUAAAACUUGCAGAUGGAAGAACUGCUUAUGUUGGAAAUGACCAAUAUUUGCGCAUAGUUGGAAAAGAUGUUUCUACAACAGAAGUAUAUAAAUUAAAUGAUAAUAUUUAUAGGUAA